AUGUCGGCCACCCAGGAGCAGCCGACAACGAAGAAGUUCGGGAAGGGGGAGAGGACCAUCCCGGCCGCGAGCCAGAAGGCCUCCAAGUAUUAUCCUACGGAUGAUGACCCGAAGCCGAAGCAGGUCCGCAAAACCAUCCGCCCGACCAAACUCCGCCAAUCCCUCCAACCCGGCACCGUCCUCAUCCUCUUGGCUGGCCGCUUCCGGGGCAAGCGCGUGGUCCUCCUCAAGCACCUCGGCCAGGGUGUGCUGCUCGUGACCGGUCCCUUCAAAGUCAACGGCGUUCCUCUGCGCAGAGUGAAUGCCCGGUACGUCAUUGCGACCCAGACGAGAGUGGACUUGAAGGGCGUGGUGGACGAGAAGGUUCUGGAGAAGGUCAGCGUUGAGGGAUACUUCACCGCCGAUAAGGAAUCGAACAAGGCCGGCGAGGAUGCCUUCUUCAAGCAGGGAGAGAAGCCAGCGCCCAAGCAGGUCAGCAGCGGCCGCGCGGAAGACCAGAAAGCCGUCGACCAGAAACUGCUAGCAGCCCUGAAGAAGACCCCGAUGCUCAUCGACCUUCUCGGAUCGACAUUCAGCCUCCGCAAGGGUGACCGACCGCACGAGAUGGUGUUCUAA